AGAAAGAAGAGAGCGGGGAGAGAGAAAGAAAGAAAGAAAGAGAGAAAGACAGAGAGAGAGCAGCGAUCGAGCUGCACAGAGCAAAGCUCAAAUAUAAAAUCAGUAAAAGCCCACAAAAAAGAAAAAAAGAAAAGAAAAAAAGAAAUAAUGCGCGGAAGUGAAAAAAAUAAAAUUGAAAAAGAAAAAUAGAAGAAGAGCGCGAGCGAGAGCGAGAGCCGAAGCUUCGAAGAUUCGGACCCUCCAGUCACUCAGGUUCGAUUUCUCUGCAAUUCGUCGAGUUCUUCGAAAGUUUGAAGCUUUUUGAAUUUCGGGAAAAGAAUGGGGGGAUUUUGAUUGGUGCUGUGGUGCAAUUUUGUGGUUCGUGAAGUGCGUGAGAAGGCACGGUGCCGUUUGACCCAAAGUUUGGUGAUUCAAACUUAGGGUUUUGAUUGGGCAUGGUUUUCAAUGAAUUGAGCUUGAUUCGGUGGGAUUUUGUGAGCUCCGUGGUGGGUUUGAUCUCUAGGGUUUUGGGUUCGAGAAGAUGAGAUUUGGGUUUGCAUUGUAUGGUUUGUGGGUCGGUGAAUUCAGGGUUGUUUGGAAAUAAGAAUACUGGUAAUACGGUUGGGAAUUGGGGUUUUCGGGGGUUUUUGUGAUUCGUUGGAUGCGCAUUGAAUGAUAUGUGGGAGGGAAAUUUUUGGGUCGUUUGGAAACAGAAAUAACUGUAAUUUGGGUUGAAUUGGGGUUACUGGGGGGGUUUGUGAUUCUGCAGACGGUGUAUGAAUCUGUUUCUCGAGAAAUGCAACCUCAGCAGAGCUCGAGAAUUGAUUUGGUUGACUUGAAAGCUCAGAUAGUGAAGAAGCUUGGGGUUAAUAAGGCGAAAUUGUACUUUUCUCACUUGAAUAGGUUUUUGAGUGACAAAUUGGGCAAGAGUCAAUUUGAAAGUUUUUGCAUUCGGGCUUUUGGGAGAGAGAAUCUUCCACUGCACAAUCAGUUCAUUAUUUCAAUCUUGAAGAAUGCAUGCCAAGCCAAGACCCCGCCACCAAUUUAUUUACCAGGUCCUCAAAAAUCUGUGAUACAAGCUCCAAACAGUUCUCCUGUUGGGGAGGAUGUGCAUGAACAAGGUGGGGCUGUUUUUCCGAAUCAGAAUCAAAAUGUACCAGUUUGGUCGAAUGGUGUUCUGCCAGUGUCCCCACGAAAGGGUAGGUCUGGGAUACGUGAUAGGAAGCUCAGGGAUAGGCCAAGUCCACUUGGACCAAAUUGCAAGGUCGAGUGUGUCUCACAUCAAUCCAUGGGAGCAGAAGAUAGCAAUAGUAAGGUUAAUAUGGAAAAUGGUGAUUUGACUCCAUUUGAUUAUCAGAGACCGGGGCAGCAUCUUCAAGCAGUUGCUGAGCUACAUGAGAAUGAAAGGGAGGGUGCUGUUCAGCGGCCUGCCGAAAAGCCAAGGAUACAUGGUAAAGAUCAGAAUGCAGUAGCUGUUAUUGAAGAUGGGGAAGAGGUGGAGCAGUCAAACCGCACGAGUUUCUAUAGAAGUCCUCUACUUGCACCCCUUGGGAUUCCGUUUUGCUCAGCUAGUGUAGGUGGGUCCCGCAAAGUUAUGCCAUUGGGUAGCAGUGGUGAUUUUGGUAGUUGUUACGAUAGUGGUGGAUUGUCUGAUACGGAGACUCUGAGAAAACGCAUGGAGCAGAUUUCAGCAGCACAGGCCCUUGGAGGCGUUUCUAUGGAAUGUGCUAAUAUGUUGAAUAAUAUGUUGGAUGUGUACUUGAAGCGGUUAAUCAGGUCUUGUGUUGAGUUGGUGGGAGUACGGUCUACACAUGAGCCAAAAAAGCACACUGUCCACAAGCAGCUGACUCAAGGCAAAAUUAUCAAUGGCAUGUGGCCAAGUAAUCAUGUACAUAUGCAGAGUAGUGGUGGGCCUGUGGAAGUUAUGCAGGAGCAAAGACCCCAGGGCUCAAUAUCUUUGCUUGAUUUUAAAGUUGCCAUGGAGCUGAAUCCUCAGCAGCUUGGGGAAGAUUGGCCAUUGCUGCUGGAGAAAAUUAAUAUGCAGGCAUUUGAAGAAUGAAACCUCCCUACAAGGACCUGCUUUUUCAAACCGUGGAUGGCUUUGUACGUUCUGGUGCAAAGGGGGGCGAGCGACUGUUGUUGGAGAUAAUUGAUGCACUCAGUUCUGUUCUUACUUCCAGGAUAAACGAGAUUCCUCCCAGUUGGUUGAAGCUCUGGCCUUGCAAAUCAAUUGUGGGCUUGAGCAUCAAAAUGUCUGUACUUGCCUGCUGCAGAGCCUGGACUGGUCAGGAAAUUAUUUAACUGCAACCAAGCAAGUGGCACAUUCAAAUGGAAUGCCCAUGAUUGGUUGCUCUGUUGUAUCUUUAGCAUUGAUCUUGGCUGUAUUUGCCAUCUCUACAGAUCUCAAGCAUUUCCUGUAAUUUACAGCCAUUGCAGAGGAAAAACUAAGAGAGUUUUGCAGGGAUACUGUUGUGUAGCUUGGUGAAAGGUAAAAAAUUCACUUGUGUAAGAGCUGCAGUAAUGCUCUGUAUGUAAUGUUAGACUCUGAGAAUUAAUUGGAAUUUGAAUAUCAAUAACACAUUAACAUCCAUUAUUAUCUCCUUAA